AUGUUCAAGACGGAGCCUGAAAAAUCGUCGGAUAUCGACGAAACGAAACGAAAGUGUCGCCUGUGUUUGCAGCGCUUCGAUUAUGGUCGCGGAACACCGAUCACAGACGAUGAGUUUAGUACCAAGCUGGAAAAGGUGUUCGAUUUCCCGAUACUAACAGAAGAGUUGCUGCCCGAUAUGGCCUGCCCUGAAUGCCGUACGAUUGUGUCCGACUUCCACUGCUAUGCUGCGCGGGUGCAAUCGAACCAGGAGCAGUUAAAGUUCGCUUGCAAGGAACCGAAAUAUCAACCAUUUGAAGAGGUGAAAGUUGAAGCACUGGACGAGGAAGCUAUUUAUGAUGUGGAAUUUGAAAAUACGCACGAAAGGCACGAACCGGAAGUUAAUAUUAUCGUCACACGUAAGCCCACCAAGCGCAGGCAGAAAGAACAACAGCAAUCUGCGGACGACUCUAGUGAGGAUGCGUUUGAGGAAAACAUGGAGGACGAAAACAAUGAUGAUGAAGAUUUUGUACCGAAAGUUGAUCCCAAAGAUGGUACGCUGAAGCGUCCCCGUCGACCCCGAAUAGUAAAGUACAAACAAUCGCCAAAGAAAAAGGAGCGUACGUUGAAGGUGGAAAAACAAUCUUCCCCCGACAAACUGGAACCGGAGGAGCAGCAAGCACGACACACGGAGGAUGAUAGGCGGAUGAGGGAGUUUUUCAAGUUCGAGUGUGAAAUCUGUUCGGAGCCGUUGGAGAACUUUUCCCAUCUGCAGGUGCACUACAGAAAGGAGCACGGUAUCAAGGGGUACAUAAGGUGCUGUGAGAAGCAGUUCUAUCGCCGGUUUCAACUGCUGGACCAUAUUGCUGCACACCAGGGUACGAUCAAGUGCGAGAUUUGUCAGAAAAGUUACAAAAGCAGUCGCUACCUGGCACUGCAUAUGAUGAAAAGUCACAGCCGGGAGGAGGACCGACCGUACAAGUGCGACAAGUGCCAUCAAUCGUUCCACAAGGAGCAUCUACUGAAAGCGCACCAGGCGAACCAUCUGUCGGAAAAGUGCCCGAUCUGUGACAAGGUCGUCUCGUCCAAGUACGCACUCAAGACGCACGUUACGCACAUGCACGGUAGCGACAAAGGUGCAGUGCAAUGUGUGCCAACGGUGGUUCCACGGGAAGUACAAUCUGCGUAA